GUCCUCCUCUUACUCAUUCAAUGAAGUACUGAGAACUUAAAGAAAGGCCAUUCUGCAGCGAAUCUGGCUCCUAGAAGAAGAAAGCCAAAGAUGCUGGCACAUGAGAAACAUUAGGAACUGCAAUCUGGAUUACUCUUGGCGUUAUGAAAUAUUUUCUCUGUCCUUUAUUGACACGGAAUAAAAACGCCCAAGUGGAGCAAGAGAAGGGGCUCGGCUGCCCCGCUCGCAAAGCUGUUCAGGCAGCCAGCACCAGCCCCAGCAGAGCCCUCACCGUCCUCCUCCCGCGCCCCCAAAACAUCCAGCAGCACGAAACAGAUUCCUAUCCGCCCUACCCCGGGGGAACAGAGGGAGAUGGCAGCAGGGGGCCGGCGUUGAGAGAGAGAAUAAAAGAACGACCGAGUACAACCUGCCGGGCGAGCCCGCAGCCCAGGGUAGGAAAGGGAAGACCGCGGCGUCGCUCUCCCUCCCCGGCAGGGCCGCGGACUCGCAGCCGCCGCCGCCGCCGGCCGGGCGUCCGGAGGGAGCCGGGCCUCCCCGGCAGCCGGAGCCGCUCCACUGGGAGAGGAGGAGACAAAACAGCGGCGCGCCGCCCCGCGCAGCGCCCCCGCCCGCGCCGCCCCACAGACCCCCAACCGCCGAGGCGACGGCGGCGACACAGAGCCCGGCGCGGGGAGCAAUGGUGGCCCCCGCCCUCGCCCCGCUCCCGGACCCCGCCUUCCACCCCCCGCCUCGGCUCCUCCCCCUCGGCCUCCUGCCGCCGCCACCAGGACACUCGAGUCCGCCUCCCCCACCCCGCCCGCUCCGAGCGCUCCUCCCCUCCCCACGCGGCGGGGGGGAGGGGGCGACACCGCCAGCCACCGCAGCGCCUGUCAAACCCCAGCCGGCUAUUUAUACCCCGCGGGGCCCCGCAGCCCUCGGCCCCCACCAGCCCCCCCAACCUGCCUCGGUGGCUCUCUCGAAGCUCGCUCGCCCCUGAUCCCCGAACUUCUCCCAAACCUGCCUGCUCAGGUAGACUGUCGCCACUUGUCCCGCUCCCUGCUUGGGGUUCCCCCAUCCCGCUCUCUGCUUCGGCCCGAGACUGCUGCGGGGACUCCAGCGCGCGGGCAGGCGCGUGGGGGCGGCGGGGCCGCGCGUGCACCUGCAGCGCCGCCCGCUUCUCCCGGCCGGCCCGGACCGCGCUCACACCCUCGCCACUCUCUCAGGUCCCCCGCGGGCCCCAGCUGUCACCCCGUCCCCUGCUCUGGACACCCCCCCCCAUCUCCUCAAGGGACAGCUCGGCACUCGGGCACUCUGACAGUUACUAGGGGCCGGGGGUUGGAAAAACUCCCGUCCGGUUCCCUCCCGUCUCCACUCCUCAGCCUCCACUAAGUACAAGGUGG